UCUCUUUUUCAGUCUCUCUCUAUAUUUCGGUCUCCUUAUUAUUUUUUUAUUUGUACCCGACGACGACUAAACGACUUCUCUUACGUCGUGACUUUUACACAGUCAGCUGCAGACGGUUCCGUUGAGUAGUCACAAGCAGUUAAAUCUUUCGAUAUAUAAUAAAAGGAUCAAUCACUAACAACUAGAUUCAAAGAUGGCUGACGAUGAGAAAAAGCGUAUCGAGGAUGAAAGAAAAAGGAAACAAGCGGAAACUGAUAGAAAAAGAGCAGAAGUUCGUGCACGUCUCGAGGAGGCGAGCAAAGCUAAGAAAGCCAAAAAAGGGUUUAUGACCCCUGAUCGUAAAAAGAAGUUAAGACUACUGUUGCGUAAAAAAGCUGCUGAAGAAUUGAAAAAAGAACAGGAAAGAAAAGCAGCCGAAAGGAGACGCAUUAUCGAAGAACGUUGUGGAAAACCAAAGAACGUCGAUGAUGCUAAUGAAGCCGAGCUGCAGACGAUUUGUUCGUCCUACUGGCAAAGAAUGUACGAUCUUGAAGGCGAUAAGUUUGAUCUUGAGCGGAAAAGUAGAUUGAAAGAUUUUGAGAUUGCAGAUUUGAACAGUCAAGUCAACGAUCUUCGUGGCAAAUUUAUGAAGCCAACUCUGAAAAAGGUAUCCAAGUAUGAAAACAAGUUUGCCAAGUUGCAAAAGAAGGCAGCCGAAUUCAAUUUCCGUAAUCAAUUAAAACAGGUCAAGAAGAAAGAAUUUACUCUCGAAGAGGAGGACAAGGAGAAGAAACCAGAAUGGUCGAAAAAGGGCGAGGAGAAAAAGGAGGAACCGGCAAGUGAAACUACAUCUGAAGCUACAUCUACAGAACCAACGCCAUCUCCCAUUUCAGCUAUUGAAACACCAGAACCACCUUUCGUUGAGACAGAGCCAGAACCUGAGCCAGAACCUGAACCAGAACCACCAAAAGAGCCACCAGCACCAAAUCCAUUAAAUGUACUAAAUUUACUUCUUUCAAAAUUGAAAGCUAUGGAAACGUCCGAAUCAACGGAAGAAAUAUCUGAAGUAGAUGUAGAAUUAUGCAAUAAGAUUUACUAUAUUCUAAACCCAGCGGCUGUUCCACCUCCUGAAGAACCGAUAUCUACUGAUGAUUUAGUAACAACAGAUAGUGAUACAAUAUUGCCUGAAGGAUUUGAGACAGCACCUACGGAAGGAGCGCCGCCAGUUGAAGAUGAUGAAAAUGCUACAGCUGACGGAUUGACAUCCGUUACAAAUGCAACUGCUAUUGAUGCACUGCCAACAGAAGUACAAUCGGUAGAAGCGCCACCAGCUGAGGUAACAAUUCAAACUACACAUGUGGAGCCUGUUAUUGUGGAAGGUUAGCAUUUUACUCAAAUGCAACAAGUUAUUUUAUCAAUAAUAGAAUAAAAAUAAUUUCCAAUAUAAA